AUGGGAUCAAAGAAAUCUCACAGAAGGUCUGGACAUGCCAAGUGCGAGCGUAACGAGGAAAACGACAGCGAGAUCUGCACCAUGGAUAACUUCUCAACAGACUUGGCGUUGAGAGCUCGAUAUGUGGCCGCUAAGCAAGCUUCUUUUGACGAGCCCUUCGAGCUGUCCGAGGGCGAUUCCACUUUGUCCCAUGCGAUCAGAGCUCGCGUUGAUGCGAACCUCCCAACUGCUGAAAGAGGAACCGUUGCGGGGUCUCCUCUCUCUGAUGAAAAUGUCGCAGACAUACUUAAGAAGGUUAAGCCAGACUGCCAUAAAGCCCAGGCGUGGGUCAAGGCGCAUGAAGUCACCAAGGCGACCAUGGAGCGACUUAAGGCGAUGUCGGAGAACCGCGACGCCCUCAGAAAGAAGGCAGCGCGUCAGUCACACGGCAGAGCUCGUCAGGCAGAGGCCCAGUCCGAUGCACCCAGAUACCAGGCAAGGGCCCCGUCUCCGAGCUUGCAGGUUCCCGAGGGUCGUACCGUUGAAGAAGAACUGGAGGAUGCGAGGGUGGUGUACAACAGGGUUAGCCUGGCGCACGAUAGACUCCUGAAGACCAUCGCCGACAUGGAGGAGUUUAGAAAGACUCUCUCAUAG